AUUUAUCAUUGGACUUGCAGAAUUACUUUAAUGUACUCAUAUUUCCUUUAAGAAGCACAUACAGGUGAACAGUUUUAUUUUCGUAUAGUACCAUACUUGCGUCUGACAUAUUACGUUUUCAGGGUUGCCAACUUUGGUCAGCUGGCUGGGGUGAGAUUAUUAAUUCGAAACAAGUAUGCAUACACAUGCAUUUACACGCACGUACAUGCAUGUAACAAGUUUUAUUACCUUGUAAAUACUCUGUAUGGUUUGCAAACUACUCCAACGCUUUCGAUGCACCUAAUUUUUGGUUUGUAAUGGAAUAAUAUAGAUUUGCUGUAAAAUAUCUUGCAUGCGCGUGACAGUCUGAAAGCGUGAGUGUCACGCCAGAUUGGUGAGAGUUGGCAACCCUCCUUUUUUGUGGAAAAGGGUAUUCAAGAGGUAAGAUGAAUUCAUUUUAUAACUUAUGAAAACGACCAAGGCACGCAACGUUAAUUCUCUGUUUAAAUAGCCAAAACCAGAGUCUGGUGCAAAAAGACAAUAAUGAAUUUGCAAUGCAAUACAAUCAUAUACACAGAUGCCUGUUAAUGACAGUCAUCUUCAUGCACAUUCUACGCUGUCAAGGACUGAACGAGAAGCUGCAAUGCAACGAAUUAAGUGGGAGCGGGAUGGAAAUGUCAUAGUCCAAAGUCAACCCAGACACUUCCCGCAUCCAAGGGAGCAGGCUUGUCAAAUAUUGGCACCUAUAAUAAAAGGCGACAAAAUUCAAGCGUGACAUUGACGUUUAGUUGAGUAAAGUUGAAAAUCAGGCAUAAUGUACAGGCUGGCGCAAUUUGGUCUGAUUAAACCAGCAAUGAGAUGCAUGGGGGUCUCUUUUCGCCUGGACCGUCAAGCACAAAAUAUAGCCGUUAAUGAUCACAUUCCCACCUUGCUCCCCCCCAAUAACCACCACUGAGACCCGAUGAACCCCUCCCCCGAUAUGGUCACCCGAUUCCUGCGGAGCCAUUUUGUCUAGCGUAAUACACUAUUACACACCGGAAUAACGAGAAGCAGAGAAACGAGGAAACGGGGGGGAGGUAGAAGAACCGAAACGGCUAAACAAUGAACAGCUGACGGCCGAGAAUUACUAGUUCCUUAUAUAUAUUAAAAAAAAAAAAAAACAACUUCAUGUUCCCUGCCCUGGUAUCGGAGAGGCGGCGGCACUCAUGUGAAAGAUAGCCUCUUAUCGCAGCCAGCUCUCAGCUCACCAGCAUGUAUCACCCUGGACGCCGGGACAGCUGCUUGUGAAAAAAUCGACCAAAUAGCUUCGCGGCCGUUUGCACUUUUCCUCAGACGUGCGCGAGACAGCCGGCUGGCUAGCAUGCUAACGCGUGAGAUGUAGCUGGCGGCUCGCUUUCGCUCCCUGUGCCAUAUCUGCUCCUUUCGCCUGGCACUUUGACCGGAGAGCGCCGACGGACACCUUGACAGCUCGCCAGCCCGUUCGGGUGGUAGUUACUCCUCAUUAAUCUGCGCCGGUGGGGAGGGGGGGCGGUUUGGCUACCGCUUCUGUUCGGCAUUCAGCCUCGGGGCCGCGUAUCCCGGGUGUCUCGCAAAGCUAGCCGGCUUAUCAGUGAGAGUAAUCUUUAUUUUGUGAAAAGGCUACCUGUUUAACAAGUGCAGGUGACUUACUAGUUUAGUCAGGAUAACCCGCCGAGGCUAACCAGCUAGCGGCGUUUGGAGCUGGAGGCCGUCUCGUAACCCCCCUUCCUGCCUGCUCUCCCCGUGCCGCCCUCCUCUCGCUUUUUGUUCCCCGGGACUUAUAAAGAAAGAGAGGGACCUCCACCCCCCUAACAGCACUACCGCGCCCCCCCUCCUUCCGGCUGCGCCUGUUAGGGAAUCCAGCCGGAGCGAGACUUCACUGCGUUAGCCGGCCUGCCAGCGUGCCGAAGCAGGACGGACGAUGUCGGGACAGUCCAUCACGGAUCGCAUCGCGGCGGCUCAGCACAGCAUGACCGGCUCCGCCAUCAGCAAAGCAGUAUGCAAGGCCACGACGCACGAAGUCAGCGGGCCCAAGAGGAAGCACCUCGACUACCUGAUCCACUGCACCAGUGAGAUGAACGUGAACAUCCCCCAGAUGGCCGACACGCUCUUCGAGAGGACGGCCAACAGCAGCUGGGUGGUGGUGUUCAAGGCCCUCAUCACCACCCAUCACCUCAUGAUGUAUGGCAACGAGAGGUUCAUCCAGUAUCUGGCCUCGCGAAACACGCUCUUCAACCUGAACAGCUUCCUAGAUAAAGGGGCCUUACAAGGUUAUGACAUGUCCACCUUCAUCCGACGCUACAGCCGGUACCUGAACGAGAAAGCUCUUUCCUACAGGCUGGUGGCGGUGGAUUUCACCAAGAUGAAGAGAGGCGUGGAUGGAGUGAUGCGCACCAUGAACACGGAGAAGCUGAUGAAGACCCUCCCCAUCAUCCAGAACCAGCUGGAUGCCCUGCUGGACUUCCAGGCCAACCCCAACGAGCUGACCAACGGCGUGAUCAAUGCCGCUUUCGUACUCCUCUUCAAGGACUCAAUCCGCUUGUUCGCUGCCUACAACGAGGGCGUCAUUAACCUGCUGGAGAAAUACUUUGAUAUGAAGAAGAACCAGUGUAAAGACGCCCUGGACAUUUAUAAGAGGUUCCUGCUCAGGAUGACCAAGCUGUCCGAGUUCCUCAAAGUGGCAGAGCAAGUUGGAAUUGAUCAGGGUGACAUCCCCGAUCUGACGCAGGCCCCCAGCAGCCUCUUGGAGGCCCUUGAGCAGCACCUAGCCUCUCUGGAGGGGAAGAAGAUAAAGGAAUUCACUGCAGCUAGCAGGGCCUCCACCCUGUCCACCGCCGUGUCCUCACUGUCCAGCACCGGCAUGUCCUUCAGCCGUGUGGAUGAGAAGGAGAAGCAGCAGGCGCUGGAAGAGGAGCAGGCCAGGCUGCAGGCGCUCAAGGACCAGCGGCUGAAGGAGAUUCGCAUGCAGACCUCCUCCACCUCCCCCAGCUCACAGUCUAUAGGCACCACCAACAACCACAGUGCUGCCAUGGAUCUGUUCUCCACAUCCACACCUACCCCCAACUGCGGCCCAGACCUCACUAGCGACCUGUUCGAUUUGCAGCCAGCCUUCAUCCCUGCGAUACAGAGCACCCCAUCCAUCUCUGCCAUGCCCAGCAAUGCCUGGGGAGGUCUGGAGACCCUCCCUAUCCAGCAGACUGCUCCCAAGAACGCCAUCAGUGUAGAUUUUGACGCUGUUUUCUGGACUAAUGCGGCCAAUAAUGACGCGGAACCUGCUGCUGGUGAUUUACUGAAGCCCACACUGCCCUCGCAGAACCAGGUUCCCAUGAUGCCGCUGUACACGGGAGGCAAGCUGCUACCGAGUGACCUGGACUCCUCCCUGGCUAGCCUCGUGGGCAAUCUGCACUUUGGAGGAUCCUCAGCCAAAAAGCCGGACAUGCAGUGGACCCAUCCAGGCGAGAAGAAGCUCACGGGCGGCACCGGAUGGCAGUCGAAAGCCCUAGGCGGCCCCGCCUCCACAGCCUGGGCCCCCACGCCCAUGGCACCUGCGCCUGUGCCCCUGGCACACAUGAAUGGAAUGUUCUAUGCUGGUUACGCUCCCGCCCCCAUGCCGUUUCCCAUGACGACGCCUCAAGUGCCUGUGUAUGGAAUGGUGCCGCCCCAGAUGGGCCAGGUGGCUGGGGUCCCCAUGCUGGCCCCGCAGCCUCUUGUAUACAACCAGCCUGUACUCAGACCCACUAACCCUUUUGCCCCCAUCCCAGGACCUCAGAUCCAGUUCAUGUAGUGCUGUCCCCCCCGCCCCCCUCCUCCGCUGGGUGUGGGGCUGGACGGGAGACGCCAACGGACCAGCGGAUGGUGGACGAACAGCAGAACGACACCAAAACCAGGGCAGGGAGAGGGCGGGGCGGCAGCAGAGCAGCCCCAAAGCGUGAGGUGGCCCCACUGACCCCCCCUGACCUCGCUGACCUCGGUCCAUGUCUGCUUGUCCGCAGUCCAGCAGACUCGUCCUUUACAGACUUCGUUUUUACAUGAGUGGGGUGGGGGAGGGAUGGGGAGGGUUGACUCUUGUACGAACGUGGUUGCUGGGUUAGGGGAGUAGUUAAGGGUACAGGUCAGUGCUACUUGGGUUUUGUUUUUUGUUAUGUACUUAUGUCUGCUUCUCUCCUCGUCCUCCUGUGAGGACCCCAGGGCGCUCCCCCAGCAUCCGGUCACUCGGGCCGCUGGGGGUCUCAGCCUCCAAAUGGGGGCCCCAAAAUGUGUAAGACCACAGCGUAGCUGCGAUUUGCUCCUGUGGCUCAGGAUCGCCGUCUGCCUGUUUCUGCUCUUCCAUCCCGCCAGCUUGGAGUUUCCACCUUCGUUGAUAAAUGUUUGUCGGUAACGAGUCGGGAGUACUGGAACUGGUUUUUCUGACCUCUUAGCAUUUUUUGUGUGUGACUGUGUUUGCGUGCGAGAGACUGAGAGGAUACACCUCUGUUGCGAUGUCUUGCUGCUGGUCGUCAAGGACUGUGUCAGGGUUUGGAUGCCCGUUCAGAGUUGAGGACUUCUGUGACCUCAUGUCCCCUAACCCGCCUUUGCUCUUCAAAGCCCUGUCUGUCCUGUCUGAUGGACUGUUUAUUUACUUUCCUUUUUCAUUAGAGUAACUCCCAAAGGGCCUCUGUAUGUGAAUGUGAAUUUACUCUCCCAUCCUUAUCCAAUAAGGAAAAGGGGCUUCAGCAAAGAGGCGUGGCUUUCAGAAGUAGGUGGAGCUUUAGGGAAUGAAGUUGUCAGGUGCUGCUAUUCAACAUGAGGAACAUGUUCUUGGUAAUGUUAGUCAUAUGAAAAUGGAAUUUUGGUAUUUUUUUCUUCUGCUUUUGUCUUGUUCUGGGUGAUGCGAACAUGCCCAUCGAAAAUGGAUGAUCUAAAGCAGAAGAUGUUUGUGUGGCUCACAGCAGGGCAGUGGGUCAGCUGAGAGGAUUGUCUGUGAGUGUGAAAAUGCCCACUUAUUUUGUGGUUUGCCAAUGAGGAAAGUGAAACCAGUUCCGUCAUCGUCCAGCCCGUGGUGCCGUUUCCAUUAUGUUAAAUCUUAAUGGAUCCCAGACCGACCUAUGCAGCCUGGGAGAUGGUGGGGUUGGGGGUAGGGAGAGUGAGGGCGGGCCUUGGGGAAGCUCUUGCCUUUUGAGUUGCAUGGUCUGUGUUGUGUUGCUGUUUGGAUGCCUUUUUAAAAUGAAGCAUGAUGCGUAUGUAGUCGCGUUACCUCGUCUAAGUGUGGACUCCUUGUGGUUUACCGACGAUAUGCUGAACGGAUGGCCAAACGUCGCAGCCCAACGUGAUGCUCGAGCGCUUUUUGCCUGCUUUCAUAUAGCUACCUUUCUGACCCAUUUGUAGCAAACCGCGUCUGACAGGGUAGCCAGUUCCCGCUCACCGGGUCACACACGACAGUGUCAUUCACACCAACAGAACAAUAUGUAUGUUGCUGAGAUGUGAGCUGUAGUAGCGUCACACAUUGUCUUUGCACAGAUGGUCAGUUUCUGUAUCCAAAUGGAUUCUUUUGAUGUCUAAUUCUGUAGCUCCACCCGUUGGCUACAUGGUGUAAUGAAUCGAAUUGUAUUCUCGUUAUCUUCUGUUACUCAUACCAAUGCUGAACUUUCCAUCCCUAUUCUGCUGAGAAGCUUUGGGCCACUGGUUUCUUUCCAGCAGCUGGGCUAGAGAUCUCACAGCAGCCCGGAAUCUCAGAAUGCUCUUCUCCUGGAUGCUUUCCUGUCAGAUUUGUCGUUGUUAUGAUUAUUUUUCCCCUCCUUGAACUUUUUUGCACGUUUUGGCACCCCCCCCAAAACUAGGUUGAAUCGAACUGUUGCCUCACAUCGUCUGUGUGCCUGUCUCAUGCAAUCCAGUGUUCGAAAACUUGUUUUCUGUGUGUGAGAUAUAUUUUGCUCUUUGUGUGUUAAAGAAUGGUACAGGGCCAAUGUUCUGUCUCAUGCAGUGGGGGAGGGACAGCCCCCCUCAGCCCUGUCCAUCUCUGAUGCCAAACGAGUCCUCGGCCAGCAGGGAGGCCGGGCCCGUGCCUCAUUCCCCUUUUCUACGUCCUUAUUUAUAAGAGAAGGAAUAUCAAGGUUUGAAUUAGCAGUGACAAGCGUAUUGCAAAAAAAAAAAGAACAAAAAAAAUCAUGGGCUUUUAUUUUUAUGCAUAUAGAUUUCAUAUUGAGUCACACACAGUUUUGUUUUUUGAACAAAAGUAAAAUAAAGUCAUUUGCCAUUCCUAAA